CGGAGUCUCUCAAUUCCGUGACCCGGAUGUAGACACGUCAUCUGCUUCCGGGUCAAAGGUUGUUUUCCGGUCGAUACAACGGUAGCACACAAACAGAAAAAGAAAAAAACCCGGGAAAACAACAUCACAGCUGUCAGAAGAAAACAGAAGAUGUUGAGGAGGAAACCGACUCGUCUGGAGCUGAAGAUUGACGACACCGAGGAGUUCGAGAGUGUCAAGAAGGAGCUCGAGGCCAGGAAGCGUCAGCGAGAGGAGGCGGAGUCAGGUGGCGGAGUGGGCGGGGCAUCUGUCAUCAGUGUUGACAUCAUCGGGGGUGGAGCGUCAGCCUCAGCAUCUUCCUCCACAGCAGUGACGAGGGCGGAGCUCAUCAAUGAACGAAUCGGCUACAAGCCCCACCCCAAACCAGCAACGCUGCCGACCUUAUUUGGAAGUCUACAGUUUUAAUAAAAUAAAAAUAAUGUUUAAAGAGAAAAGGUGGUUUGUUUAUUUAGUUUCUGUUGUUAUGGGACGUUUACAACAUAUAGAAAAAAAAUUUCAGAAUAAAAGCCGGAAAAUUAAUCAAUGUCACGUCCCUUUCCUCAAAAUUUUUGUAUAAAUAUUCUUUUAUAAUAAAACCAGCUGGAGACACACAGAAGAUUUUCAUUCCAAGAUAUUACAUUUUUUUUUUAAAUUUAUUCAUUUUUACAUUUUAUCUCCCAAAUUCGUAAAAAAAAAGUUUUAAUUAGAAAAAGUGAAAACACCACAGUGACUGACAGUGAAUUUAUCAGAUUUCAAUUAUUUCACUCUGAAAUACUCAGUUUGUUGUGAUGAAUUCAUUUUUUUUAAUUUGGUAAAAUGAUGUUUUAUUUGGUAAACAAACAUUUAACAAAGUUUUUACAAAAGUUAAAAAAUAAACAUGUUAUAACCCUC